AUGGCGCAUUUCAGUUUCAAUCUCCUCCACAAUUUCGAACCCACCAGGGAUUCUUAUGGAUUUGCAUUAAGGCCUCAAUACGCACAACGAUACAGGGAGUAUUUUUCCAUCUACAAGGAGGAGGAGGAGGAGAGAUCAGAUAAAUGGAGUGACUUUCUUGAACGCGUAACUGAGUCAUCUCAACCAACUUCUAACGAACAUAAAGAAACAUUGAAGGCUGAACCUGAAAGUGUUGAGGAAAGAGAGGAAGAGAGAAAUCCACAUAGUCCAAGUAAUGGGGAUGAUUCAAUUAGGAGGAACUUUCCUGAGUUAGAAGAAGAGACUAAUGCUGUCAGGGUUAGUGAAGGGGACAACUCAAAUGGAAGGAAGUCUGCUGAAGGUAAUGAGACAAUAGAAGAGACUAUUCAAGACAGGGUUAGCAAAGGUGACUCAAGUGACCUGAAGACUUCUGGAGUUACUGAGAUAAAAGACGGUAGUCAUCCCGGAAGCGUUAGUGAAGGGUGUGAUUCAAGUGACAGGAAUUUUAUUUCUGACAGUGCAGCAGGAAAUAACUCUCGAAAGGAACGGCACCAUUGUGAAGACAGAAAGGCACGGAGGGUUCAACACUGGGCUGAAAUCAGGCCGUCUCUUCUUUCCAUUGAAGAAAUUUUUAGUUCUCGUGUAAAAGGAAAGAAAAUGAAAGGGGCUCAAGGGGAUGGUAUCAAUUGCUCAAGGGGAGAAAAUUCUUUAGUAGAUCAAGACUUACCAGAACUUUUCUCUCGAUGGAAAGAACUGGAGUCCCUUGUUCAAGGAGGAGUCCCAAAGGAUCUUAGAGGAGAGGUCUGGCAAGCCUUUAUAGGUGUGAAGGCACGACGGGUGGAGAGCUAUUAUGAGGAAUUGUUAGCUCACGAUGAAAGUGAGAAGCAAGAUGUCUCAUCUGCUGCGUUUGGGAAAUGGAAAAAGCAGAUUGAGAAGGACUUACCACGAACUUUCCCAGGUCACCCUGCUUUGGAUGAAAAUGGCAGAAAUUCCUUGAGGCGUUUACUGCUUGCAUAUGCUCGGCACAACCCUGAAGUUGGGUACUGUCAGGCAAUGAAUUUCUUUGCUGGUUUAUUGCUACUUCUUAUGCCUGAAGAAAAUGCCUUUUGGGCAUUUGUUGGCAUUAUUGAUGAAUAUUUUGCAGGCUAUUAUACUGAGGAUAUGAUAGAAUCCCAAGUGGACCAGCUUAUUUUUGAAGAAUUGAUGCGUGAAAGAUUUCCUAAACUUGUUAAUCAUCUGGAUUACUUGGGAGUGCAGGUGCCAUGGAUAUCUGGAUCUUGGUUUCUAUCAAUCUUUGUAAACAUAAUUCCUUGGGAAAGUGUUCUUCGAGUUUGGGAUGUGCUACUAUUUGAAGGGAACCGUGUUAUGCUAUUUCGAACAGCACUUUCUCUAAUGGAAUUAUAUGGUCCUGCAUUAGUUACAACAAAAGAUGCAGGUGAUGCAAUUACGUUAUUGCAAUCGCUUGUUGGUUCAACAUUUGACAGCAGCCAGCUUGUCCUUACUGCUUGUAUGGGUUAUCUAGCAGUGACUGAGGCCAGAUUGAAGGAACUGAGAGAAAAACAUCUCCCAUCUGUAUUAAUUGUCAUAGAAGAAAGAUCAAUGAAGGGAAGGGCUUUGAAGGAUUCUAAAGGGCUUGCAACUAAACUGUAUAGUUUCAAACAUGAGCCAAGGUCUCUGGUAGAGGAAAGAAAAACCACUGAAGGAAGUGAUGCAGUAGCUGAUGAGAGUGUGGAGUCUCGUUCCUCUAAUUUAGAUGAAAUGCUCAAUAGCCUCAAUGUUGAUUCAGAACUGGAGGCCCUUCCAGAUCUCCAGGAUCAGCCAGUUGUGAAUCUGUUGGGACAACUGGAUUCUGUUGUGGAACAGUUACAUCUUAACUCUAGCCAGGUGGUUUGGUUGAAGGUUGAAUUAUGCAGGUUGCUGGAGGAUAAAAGAUCUGCCAUACUCAGAGCUGAGGAGCUAGAAACAGCUUUAGUGGAGAUGGUGAAGGAAGAUAAUCGUCUGGAGUUGAGUGCAAUGAGAUCAUCAGAUUUUCAUGUGGGAUGUUUCUCUUUAUAUCUUGGUGUUCAUAAUGCGUUAUAUGUGGAGCUGAUGGGUGUGAUUCUUGCUGUGGAUCCAAAGGCUAGACAAAUCUUUGAAAGGAUAGAUAUGAUUUACCCUUUUAUAGGGUUAGGGAUUGGGGGGUCAGUUGAGAUGGAAAACAACAUAGUAGAGCAGUUGGAGCAAGAGGUAGCUGAGUUACAACAAGCCCUUGCUGAUAAGAAAGAACAAGAAGUUGCCAUGCUGCAGGUUCUAGUGCGGCUAGAGCAGGACCAAAAAGUUACUGAAGAUGCUCGCAGAAGAGCAGAGCAAGAUCUUGCAGCUCAGAAAUUAGAAGUUCAUGAACUUCAGGAAAAGUAUGAUAAGGCGAUGCAAUCAAUUGCUGACAUGCAAAAGCGAGUUGUCAUGGCAGAAAGUAUGUUGGAGGCUACCCUUCAAUAUGAAUCUGGCCAAUCCAAAGCACUUUCUCCACGGUCUGGUCGUGCACAAAGCCCAAAUCCCUCCCGGAAAGUUGGUCUGCUAAGUUUUGGACUUGGCUGGCGCGACAGAAUCAAGGGCAAACCAAAUGCUGAGUCCGAGGAAUCUGGCGAAAGCUUGCAUAAUAAUGGCUCUCCGAAAAAAGAAUCCGAUAACCAAGUAACUGAUAGAUAG